AUUCUGUCCAGAAAUAGAAAGAAAUCCUAUGACAUUUCUAGAAGAUAAACAAAAAAUACCCGAAAGUGGUGUGUGCGCGUAUAAAUUUAAAGUUCCAUUAUUAAUUAAAAGAGGUAAUUAUUUAACUAAUAACUGUUUAUGUCCAGUGUUUAAUGUUAUGGCGGAAAUAUUUAUUUUGGGGCUCUAUGAUAACAAACAAAAACAACCGUCUUUGAUGUUGGAAUUUGGAAAACCUUGGUGCCUUUCCAGUUGUACUUUUUAAGGUUUUACCUUUAAACAAUCGGUGGUUUACACGCUUAAAUAUAUUAUUGAUUUUUCUGUGAAAGAUGACUCAUGCUUAUUUUGACAUCUGAUAAAGUUUUGCUAAAUUGUGCAAAUCCUAAACAUAUUAAGAUUAUUAAAGAUGGCCUGGCAAGGAGGACCACAGUAUUCUGAUCCAAGUCAACAGGGUGGUUAUGGUGGCUAUCCGCAGCAGCCAGGCGGAUACCCGAACGCGCCCCCUCCGAUGGGAUAUCCGGGCGGCCCCACUCCUCACCUCGGCUAUCCGGGACAAGCGCCGCCGGCGGGCUUUGCUGGUCCUCAGGCCGGCGGCUUCGGGGCUUACGGAGGAGGAUUCAACCAACAACCGCCAGUACCGCCACCGUACGCCGGCGGCGACCCCUACAAUCAAGGUGAACAAUAUCCACUAUCCGACCGUCGAACCGGUGGCUAUGGAGGCACAUCAUAUGGCGAAGAAGGCGAAAGCGAUGUUAAAGGAUUCGAUUUCAACGACGCCUCGAUCCGUCGUGGUUUUAUAAGAAAAGUUUACUCCAUCCUUAUGGUGCAGUUGUCAAUAACUUUAGCUUUCAUUGCUUGGAUGGUUUACCAUAUACCUACUCAAAGAUUUGUUAGAGCACAUUCUGAACUUUUAAUCGUUGCAUUUGUGGUAAUAAUUGUGGCUUUGAUCGUUUUGGCAUGUUGUGGCGAAGUGAGACGAAAGACGCCGAUGAACUUCAUCUUCUUGUUUAUUUUCACCGUUGCCGAGGCAUUUAUGCUGGGCGUGACGGCAUCGACCUACAGAUCCGAUGAGGUCGUGAUGGCGGUGGGCAUCACCGCGGUCGUGUGCCUCGGCCUCACUCUGUUCGCCUUUCAAACCAGAUGGGAUUUCACGAUGAUGGGAGGCAUUUUGUUUGUCGCCGUCUUGAUCCUGUUCGUUUUCGGCAUUGUUGCCAUGUUCUGGCACAACAAGAUCGUUAAGAUGGUGUAUGCCUCGUUGGGCGCGCUCAUUUUCUCGAUCUACUUGAUCUACGACACCCAAAUGAUGAUGGGUGGAAAGCACAAGUACUCAAUAUCGCCGGAAGAGUACGUUUUCGCUGCUUUGAAUCUUUACAUCGACAUUGUCAACAUUUUCAUGUACAUUUUGAGUAUUAUUGGGCAUUCUCGAGACUAAAUGCACUAACUACUAUACUGUAUGUAAAUACACGUUUUUAUUUGUUGUUCUGACUAUAAAUACUUAUUUGUUGCCUGGUUAAAAGUAUUUUCAUAAAGGGUUUUGGGAGACUUGAAAACAUCACCUGAUAUAUUUAAAUAUAAAAAAGCUUCUCAACAUUUCCCCCAUUCAACUUUAAUUAAUUCUAUAUAAACGAUAACCAAACUAAUAUUAUUGCUUUUGAGUAGAACCACUUCACACUAGGGAUUCUCUAUGUAACUAUUAUAAUAUAGAACAUUUGUAUUACUUGUAAAUAAGAUAUAAACAACUUUCUUGAAUAAAUAAAUACCAGGGACUGGACAUUAAAAGUUUUACUCACUCUUUUAUAUGACACAAUGUAGUAAAAUGAACUUUUUAAGUCAAUAAAAAGAAAGUGGGUGAAAUUUUUGAUCUCCCUCCCUUAUUAAUAUGCAACUUCUUAUUUUAAUAUAAUGUAUGUAUGUUUGUAGGGUUUAGAGAUGGUUAUAACUUAAAGUUUUUUUAAGUUAUUUUAUAUUUAAAAGGAGUUUACUUUUUUGGAUUAUGUUGAAUAUGAAAUUUAAAAGUUAUAACCACAAUAUUUUAAUAAUGCAAUUACAGAAGAGCAAAGUAAUAAAUAUUAGUAUAUAGUAUAUAAUUUAUAAUUUAAAUUUAUGUAUGUGAUAAGAUGUUUUUGAAUAUUACAUAGGUAUGUAAUGCACUCAAUAAAUA